AACAACAACAACAACAACAACAACAACAACAACAACAACAACAACAACAACAACAACAACAACAACAACAACAACAACAACAACAACAACAACAACAACAACAACAACAACAACAACAACAACAACAACAACAACAACAACAACAACAACAACAACAACAACAACAACAACAACAACAACCAACAACAACAACAACAACAACAACAACAACAACAACAACAACAACAACAACAACAACAACAACAACAACAACAACAACAACAACAACAACAACAACAACAACAACAACAACAACAACAACAACAACAACAACAACAACAACAACAACAACAACAACAACAACAACAACAACAACAACAACAACAACAACAACAACAACAACAACAACAACAACAACAACAACAACAACAACAACAACAACAACAACAACAACAACAACAACAACAACAACAACAACAACAACAACAACAACAACAACAACAACAACAACAACAACAACAACAACAACAACAACAACAACAACAACAACAACAACAACAACAACAACAACAACAACAACAACAACAACAACAACAACAACAACAACAACAACAACAACAA